AUGGUGACGAACUGGUGUAUCUCUCAGUCUAUUGAGAAGCGCAGUCCGAGAACGCCGGAGCUGGUGCUACUCUCCGAACGGGCCACUAUUGCCGAUGGCGAGCUUCAAGUCGCCUCAGCGUUGCGAAAAAGAUUGAAUAUCCGUGUGGUGGAACAGAGAGGUGCAACUCGCCUAUACGUUCCAUGCACAUCAGCUACACUUUUUCAGAAGGCUGUCUCUCCCGAGAUCUCAGCGCUGGCCUCCAUUUUCGCGCUAGUCCUCAAGGUUGAAUGCGAGCACUUUUCCGAGCAUGCGGCCGAAGUGUCUCUACGCACGAAUCGGCGACGCCUAGCCAGGAUACGGGCCAUCGAAGCUUUUAGUCUAUGCCGGAGGCUUCCAGUACAGUUGGAAGACGCGGAUGUAUGGAGCAGCUUCAUGGCAGCUACAGGGCGUGACGUUGACACGAACAGACUCAUCUUCCCACAAAUCUCUGCAGACGUCCUAUCGCUGGUCCAGCGCAUUGGUCGCCGGGUGCAGUGGAACUCGGAGCACCAAGGACUUACAUUUGAUCUGCAGGGCGAGACUACAGCCGCUGAUUACGGGACUAUUCUGUGUCACCUUCCCAUCAAUUCCGGUGACAGCAUGGUAAGAGACCACCUCGACAUAUUUGUCUUCUCUUCCAUCCAAUGGUUUCAAGAUUCUUCGAUUUAUGACGUGCCGCCAGCUACAGUUGCCACCAUACUCCAUAAGAUGGUCAGUGCAGCCAAUUUGAUCUCGCGACAUGGCCGACGCGACACCCGCGGAUCCAUCGGAGCUGACGACGAGGGAUGGAUACGAGCGAUACGACGCGCGACCGAGAAUAUCUCAUCUUAUGCUACUCUACUCCUACAACUUCUCCAUGCAUUUGAGAUAUCCUACCGCAAGGAUGUCCUUGUUGGAAAUAAAAAGUGGAUCAGAAGAGAGCUACAUCUGGCACUCGACCAUGCGCACCAGCACGCACACUGUGAACUGUUGGGGUGCCUAUGGAAACACCAUCAUGGUAUUUGCAGCUCUCUCUUCUUCUUCGACAACUGCCCUCUGCUCUAUAAACAAGCGAGCAGACCCGGUAAACCCAGCCCUGGUGACUACCUAUUCCCGCGGGCUGCUGCUACAUCUGACAUCCCCGUCGCCUGCGCACUUCCCGUAUCGUUAUCUCAAUUUGACGAUCAAGCCACCCGCUCAAAAGACACACUUCAGUCCAUCAAGCAAUCUGCACCAGCUGGUUCAGUAGCCGACAUAAACCAUGACAAGCAAAAAGGGUCGAACUGGUACAUCUCUGUUACCAGUCAUCCUUCUCACCCCAGUGGACUGCGCGCGUCCUCCUCGUUAUCUGCGGCGGAUGUAAACUCUGCAGGAGGGCUCGAGAACGUGGUUUUCAGUAGGGGUAGCGUUGACGCGUACAAGUGUGACGGUCGCAGCGUGGCCGAUAACAACCCUGAAGACUACGUCGAGUCAAGCCCUGCGCCGCAUGACUUGAAUGUCCUUUCGUCCCCUACUUCUUCUAUCCCUUUCUUCGAGUCGAUUCCGUUCGUGAAUACUCAACACGGGAUGUCCGACCCCACGCCGAAUGAGGAGUCUGUGGCGCACCAGAUACCCCUCGGUCGAGAUCUCAUCGCAGAGGAUGUUCGUCGUUUCGAAGCUCGAGCGGAGGCAAGGGAGAGCGUUCUUCCGAGCCCACCUGCAGCGACCCCGUCUCUAGAAGGCGAAGCGUCCUGCGAGCGAGAUGGGGAGAAUCAUGAGGGUAGGGCCACAGAUGAGACCGCCGACGGCAGUGACUACGAGGCAGUCGAAGGAAGAAAAAGCCAUUUCGUCCUGAGCGAGUCGGCCGUACACGAGAUCGCCGAUGAUGGCCCACCAUAUCCUGCUGGGGCGCGCCCGUUGCACGACCAGUCACCUUCCUCGCGCCGCGACGUUUCAUCCGGCUCGACCGAGUCGUUGCAUCCGGGUGGCAGCAGAUCUAGUCCAAAGCUGAUAAGCAACGGCCGCGAAAUGAUGGACACAUCACACGAUGCACCUACCGGUGAUAUCGCCAUCGCUCCCAGCGACCUUUUCCCCAGAGACGGAGUCGCUGAAGCUCACCAACCCGACGGCCCUCUCCAUCCGCGAGCAGCACUUCUAUUCCAGGGCAAUAAUGGAGUCAUCGCAGGGCAGCCAGCGGAGGAGUUUGAGCUAGCUCUGCGAGAGAACGAGAGGAACAUGGGCGAGCACGUUGGAGAGCAAGACGGGGUCGAGAGUAGGCAAGCUGAAACGCGUCUCUGCAGGUAA